AUGAAAAAUGUUAUGUUAGACGCCGAACAUGGCAGAGAUGAUGACAAUAGUAAAAUUAAUGAAAAUGAAAAAGAAGCAAACAUUUUGAGAAAAAGCUUGUGCUUAACGAAAAACAUGUUCAUAGGAAAUGACAUAUUAACACCGUUCAAUUAUAACCUUCUUGCUUAUGAUACGAACAUAAAUGAUAGAAUAACUAAAACAGAAGAGGAUGAUAAUAAGGAGCUAAAAGAUUUAAAAGAAAUAUCCACAUUAUGUAUUACAAGCGAAAAGACUACAAAGAGUUACGAAGAAAUGUAUAAGGAAAAUGAGCUAAAUGCAAGAAGACAGAAUUUGAGAGAAAAUGUUAUAAAAAAAUUAACCGCCAUAAAAAUGAAUAUUAAUAUUAGGGAAUUGGAUGAGUACUCAUCUGUUAAAAAACUAUACAUAAAAAAAAUCGAAAAAGAUGAUAUACAAAAGGGAAGGGAAAAAAACAAAAAGAAAAAAAAAAAGAAAUCAUCUAUUAUAAGCAGUAUUAUAAAUGACGACACAAUUAAUAAUGAUGAAAUUGGACAGGAUUUAAAUCAUUUAAAUGAAAGCAUGAUAACUAACCAAAUGAGCGAAAUUGAAACAAAGAAUACGGAAAAGAAAAGCAUUUUACCAUAUGUAAAUCAGCAGAGAAAUGAAAUACAUAGUGGGCCUAUUCUUAAAAAGUCAGAUGAUAGUAUACUAAGUAGUGACGCGCUAAAGAACAUAAAAACGUUAGAUAUUUACAAAAAAAUUAAAAAACCGAAAUGGCACUUUCCUUAUAAAUUAUAUAGAGUUAUACUAGGCCACUCAGGGUGGGUAAAUUGUGUAGAUGUAGAUGUAAGUAAUGAAUGGUUUGCAACUGGGGCAAAUGACAGAUUAAUUAAAAUUUGGGAUUUAGCUACAUGUAAAUUAAAAUUAACUUUAACCGGUCAUAUAAAUAGUAUAAGGGAUAUAAAAAUUUCGAAAAAAAACCCAUACUUAUUCAGUUGUGGUGAAGAUAAUAGAGUGAAAUGCUGGGAUUUAGAAUAUAAUAAAGUAAUAAGAGAUUAUCAUGGGCAUUUAUCUGGUGUGUACUGCUUAUCUUUACACCCAUCAUUAGAUAUACUCAUGAGUGGAGGACGUGAUUCCGUUGUAAGAGUUUGGGAUAUUAGAACAAAGAGUUCCAUUUUUGUAUUGUCAGGUCACACAGGUACUAUUAUGUCAUUAUGUUCUCAAUCUGUUGAACCACAAGUUGUGUCUGGAUCUCAGGAUAAAAUGAUAAGAUUAUGGGAUCUAAAUAAUGGAAAAUGUAGAAUUGCAUUAACACACCACAAAAAAAGUAUUAGGUCACUAUCGAUUCAUCCUUUUGAAUAUAGUUUUUGUAGCUGUGGCACAGAUAAUGUUAAAGUGUGGUGUGGAGCAGAUGCUGAAUUCGAUAGGAAUAUUACAGGAUUUAAUUCUAUUAUUAAUUGUAGUUUAAUUAAACAAGAUUCGUAUUUUAGUGAUUCGUCUAUUUUAAUAUUGGGAAGUAAUAAUGGGCAGUUACAUUUUUAUGAUUGGUCGAGCGGUUAUAAAUAUGAUACCUUAUCAAACAAAAUAGUUCCAGGGACGGUUGAAUGUGAGAAUUCCACAUUAUCUAUGGCUUUCGAUAAAAGUGAAAGUCGGCUAAUAACAACCCAUGGGGAUAAAUCCAUUAAGAUUUGGAAGGAAAAUGAAGACGCGACGCCGGAGAAUUUCCCCAUAAAAUGGAAUCCCUACGAAAGCUUCAAAUUUUGA